AGGCCUCCAAGGCCACCGCCGCGGCCGCAGCCGGUGCGCGUUCUUCUCCCGCGGGCCUGGUCGCCGGGGCGUUCCCUCAGCCGCCGUUCCUCGAGGCGUGGGUUCUGGCGGCCCCAGUCGACUAGUACGCCCCGCGCGCCCCCCGCGGGUCGCCGCCGCCGGGGCCGGGGUCCGCGGAGACCUGGGCGCGCCCGGGCGCCGCCGCUGCCUCCCUCGGCGCCUGGGGCCGGCAUGGAGCUCUUCCAAGCCAAGGACCACUACAUCCUGCAGCAGGGCGAGCGCGCGCUGUGGUGCAGCCGCCGCGACGGCGGCCUCCAGCUCCGACCCGCUACUGAUCUACUUCUUGCCUGGAAUCCCAUUUGUUUGGGAUUGGUAGAAGGUGUUAUUGGGAAAAUUCAGCUUCAUUCAGAUCUUCCAUGGUGGCUUAUUUUAAUUCGGCAGAAAGCGUUGGUGGGCAAACUUCCAGGAGACCAUGAGGUCUGUAAAGUUACCAAAAUUGCUGUGCUGUCGCUUUCUGAAAUGGAGCCUCAGGAUCUUGAGUUAGAGCUCUGUAAGAAGCAUCAUUUUGGAAUUAACAAACCAGAGAAGAUUGUACCAUCUCCUGAUGACUCAAAGUUUCUACUGAAGACCUUUACACACAUUAAAUCCAAUGUGUCUGCUCCUAAUAAAAAGAAAGUUAAGGAAAGUAAAGAAAAGGAGAAGUUGGAGAGGAGAUUACUCGAGGAGUUGCUGAAGAUGUUCAUGGACUCAGAAUCCUUUUACUAUAGCUUGACUUAUGACCUAACCAAUUCGGUGCAGAGGCAAAGCACUGGGGAGAGGGACCCCCGUCCCCUCUGGCAGAAGGUUGAUGACCGAUUUUUUUGGAAUAAAUAUAUGAUACAAGAUCUUACUGAGAUUGGUACACCAGAUGUGGACUUUUGGAUUCUCCCCAUUAUCCAAGGUUUCGUGCAGAUUGAAGAACUUGUGGUUAAUUAUAAUGAAUCAUCUGACGAUGAGAAAAGCAGCCCAGAGACCCCCCCUCAGGAGUCCACCUGUGUAGAUGACAUUCACCCACGAUUUCUCGUGGCUCUCAUUUCACGCCGAAGUAGGCACAGAGCAGGAAUGCGUUAUAAACGAAGAGGAGUGGAUAAAAAUGGAAAUGUUGCCAAUUAUGUGGAAACUGAGCAGUUGAUUCAUGUUCAUAAUCAUACUUUGUCAUUUAUUCAAACACGAGGCUCUGUGCCUGUCUUUUGGAGCCAGGUUGGGUAUCGAUAUAAUCCGCGACCACGACUGGACAAAAGUGAAAAGGACACCAUUGCCUAUUUCCGUGCCCAUUUCGAAGAACAACUGAAAAUUUACAAAAAACAGGUUAUUAUUAACUUGGUGGACCAGGCAGGCAGGGAGAAAAUUAUUGGCGAUGCUUACCUGAAACAAGUGUUACUCUUCAACAGCUCACACCUCACUUAUGUCUCAUUUGACUUCCAUGAGCACUGCCGAGGAAUGAAGUUUGAGAAUGUUCAAACACUAACGGAUGCCAUUUAUGACAUUAUUCUUGACAUGAAGUGGUGUUGGGUGGAUCAAGCUGGAGUAAUAUGUAAACAAGAAGGGAUUUUUCGUGUCAAUUGCAUGGACUGCCUGGAUCGCACCAACGUGGUCCAAGCCGCCAUUGCACGAGUGGUCAUGGAACAGCAGCUAAAAAAAUUAGGUGUGAUGCCCCCGGAACAGCCACUACCAGUGAAAUGCAAUCGGAUCUAUCAGAUAAUGUGGGCCAACAACGGAGACUCCAUUAGCAGACAAUAUGCUGGGACAGCUGCUCUAAAGGGUGACUUUACAAGGACAGGAGAAAGGAAGUUAGCUGGAGUUAUGAAAGAUGGUGUGAACUCGGCAAAUCGGUAUUACCUGAAUCGAUUUAAGGAUGCUUAUAGGCAAGCUGUUAUAGAUUUGAUGCAAGGCAUUCCAGUGACAGAAGAUCUUUAUUCCAUAUUUACCAAGGAGAAAGAGCAUGAAGCUUUGCAUAAGGAGAAUCAGAGAAGCCACCAGGAACUAAUUAGCCAGCUGCUACAAAGUUAUAUGAAGUUACUGCUGCCUGAUGAUGAAAAGUUCCAUGGGGGCUGGGCCCUCAUUGACUGUGACCCCAGCCUCAUUGAUGCUACUCACAGAGAUGUGGAUGUGCUGUUACUGCUUUCUAACUCUGCCUACUACGUGGCCUAUUAUGAUGAUGAAGUGGAUAAGGUAAACCAGUAUCAACGACUAAGUCUAGAAGACCUGGAAAAAAUAGAAAUAGGUCCUGAACCCACUCUUUUUGGUAAGCCAAAGUUCUCCUGCAUGCGACUGCACUACAGAUACAAAGAAGCAAGUGGCUAUUUCCACACACUGAGAGCUGUAAUGCGCAAUCCAGAAGAGGACGGGAAAGAUACCCUUCAGUGCAUUGCGGAGAUGCUGCAGAUAACCAAGCAAGCCAUGGGAUUAGAUGUACCUGUAAUUGAGAAAAAACUCGAGAGGAAGAGCAGUAAACCUCACGAAGACAUCAUUGGCAUCAGAUCUCAAAACCAAGGCUCUUUGGCACAGGGAAAAAAUUUUUUAAUGAGCAAAUUUUCAUCUCUAAAUCAAAAAGUGAAACAGACCAAAUCUAAUGUAAAUAUUGGCAAUCUACGAAAGCUAGGAAACUUUACCAAACCUGAAAUGAAAGUUAACUUUCUAAAACCAAACUUAAAAGUAAAUCUCUGGAAAUCAGAUAGUAGUCUGGAAACCAUGGAGAACACCGGUGUGAUGGAUAAUAAAGUCCAGGCAGAGUCGGAUGGGGAAAUGUCUUCAGAUAACGACUCCUACCACUCUGAUGAAUUCCUCACAAAUUCCAAGUCUGAUGAAGACAGACAGCUAGCUAACUCCCUAGAGAACGUAGGGCCAAUAGACUAUGUUCUUCCGAGUUGUGGGAUUAUUGCUUCAGCACCUCGAUUAGGCAGUCGGUCCCAGUCUCUCAGCAGCACGGAUAUUAGCAUUCACGUCCCUCCAGAGGGUGCCGCUCACGGAAGUGGUUUUGGAAAAGGCCAGGAGUCCCCUUUGAAGAAGAGCCCUUCUGCCGACAACAUACACGUACUGACUGGCUUUGCCAAGCCUGUGGAUAUUUACUGCCACAGAUUUGUACGAGAUGCACAAAACAAAAUGACCCGGCCAUCAGAAGUGGGGUCUGUUUCUCAGCAGGCCAGUGAGGAAGGAAACCAAGUGACCAAUCAAGUUUCUAAUGAAGAAACACCGUCUGAAUCAACAGAACUGCUACCUUCUCGACCGUCUCAGUUAGACGUGGCUUCUUCCGCAAGCGGCCCCCAGUAUUUGUCGGUUGAACCGGUGCAUCCAGUUGGAUCUCAGAAGACCCCGGGCUCUGGCUCCAGCACUCGGGAGUUGGAGACCGGGCUUCCGGUGACUCCUUCUCCUUCAGAGGGCGCUGGCAGCAGGGCCGUCUCCCCCUUUGCGAAGAUCCGAAGUUCCAUGGUCCAGGUGGCGAGUAUUACCCAAGCCGGGUUAACCCAGGGGAUAAACUUUGCGGUGGCCAAGGUCCAGAAGAGCCCUGCAGAGUCUGAAGUGGUCCAGGAAGUCCGGCAAAACGAACUUAAAAAUAUGUUUACACAAUGCCAGACACGAAUAAUUCAGAUUUAGUUUUUAGCUGCAAAGAAUCCUUUGGCGUUUGAUCCAAAAAGAGGUUUCACGCGUGAGGCAAUUUUAACCUUCGUGGUCUUUGAAGCUAGGGAUCGCAAAUCCUAAUUGUGUUUAUCGGGAAAGGUUUUAAAAGGAGUGUGAACUUGAGCAGAUGUCCAGAUUUGAGAGACAGAACAAUAGCAGUGCGUCAUCCCCGAAGGGUGCACACGUGAGUAGCUCAUACGCUAUGGAGCGGUGUCUCUCUGGAAGGAAUUUCGGGAUAAUUACUUUGAGACAAAAUAAUCUGAACGACCCUUCUUGGGAGUGAGGUGGGCGGGUGGCGUGUGCAAGUAAACACGGAAAGUACACACGUGGACACAUGUAGGGGAACAGCCUCUUCCACCAUGUGUUUUUGUUCUGUCCGUUCUUUUGUGUAAAUACAUUUAGUUCUUAGUGACUUUAGAGUUACUAGUACAAAGAAGCGUUUGAAUAUAAAAACUACUAACUUAGUUUUGAUGGCUUAACCAUCCUCUAGAAAGACUAAAUUGAGGGUUAUUGGCCCAAGAAGGGUAUGCCCAUCUGAUGCAUUCCCCGUAGCCUAAAUUUAAAAUAUUUUGCUUCCUUCUGCACCCCGAAGUCUAGGAUUAAGACUUGUCAGUCAUGAAACCUGAGACACCAGAUGUGAAGAUCAGCACCUUAAAUUUUUGCUCUUUUCAGGAGUGUAAGACUGUGCAUUUAUUAGAUACUGGUAAUUCUUGAGUGUUCAAGUCGUCAUUUGUUGCAGGGAGGCAUUCCUUAACAUCUUGUGUUCACUGAAAAGUAUUAAAGGUUCAGCUGAAGCACAGCGGUGCUGAAACCGAUUACAGGACUUCUAAUCCUGACCACGUGGAACCACGGCCCCAGAAGGGCCCCUACACAACAAGAACGUUAUUACAAACAAGUUCUGGUUUGUCUGGUAUCUUUAGAGCCUUACUCUGUUGAAGGGAUUCUCAGCUAAACAUUAUGUCUGUUGUAACUUUGAUAAGUAUUUCCACGUUUGUUAUUUAUUAGUGGUAUCUUUUUUUUUUUUUUUUUGAAGUGUCGAAUCUUGUGACUAUUUAAAAUAAAAGACCAAUGUAAUUUAA